AUGGCACCUUCAUAUAAGAAAAAAGGAAGGCCAUAUAGUAAAGAAGAUAUUUCUUCAGCUAUAAACGAGGUGAAAGAUGGAGCUUCACUCCGGCAGGUAGCAUUGAAAUAUAAAAUGGAUAAAAUGUUCCUGCACAGAAGGAAGCUGGAAGCUCUUGAAAUGAAUCGUAGAAAAGCUACAAGUGAUCCUUUUAUUAUUUAUGAUUUCUAUGAUAAAUUAGAAGCAAUAUUGGAAGAGCUGGACAUCAAUGAUAAACCAGCCAAUAUAUGGAAUUUGGAUGAGACAUACUUUUCAGCUGAUCCUUCCAGAAUACGAGCUGUUGAAGAUUUGAAGUCACGUGACCGCAAACGCCAUCUUGGAUUUGAGCCACGAGGUUUUGGUGAGAAAAAUAUAUUUACCGGGUUUAGAGAGAAGUUGGAAAUGCCUUCAAGUAAUCCCUUACCUCCCAAAGAAAAUGCUUUAUUCAAACGAAUUCUGGACACCAGAUACCAACUUUUUAUGCUUCGUCCAACGCAACGUGCCUCUUGGAUUGGCUUUGGGAUGGCGUACCAUUUGCUUAAAGAUUAUGAAAUGGCUCAGAACAUAUUGGAAACAUUUCGUAAGACACAACUGCAAAAAAGUUCAUAUGACUACGAGCAUAGUGAAUUGCUCCUGUAUCAGAACAUGGUUAUCCAAGAGUCAGGAGCACUGGAAGAAGCACUUAUCCAUCUAAAUAAAUACUCCGACCAGAUAUGUGAUAAACUUUCUGUUCUGGAAACCUGGGGUAAGCUAUACCUAGAACUGAAGCGCUACAGGGAAGCGGAGAGUAUAUACAAACAGCUGCUAAUGCGGAAUCCAGAAAACACAUCAUAUUAUAUGAAGUUGCAGGAAGCACAGCAGCUGAAGGAUCCUCAUGAUAUUCUGCGUAUGUUUACUGGCUACCAAGAGCUUUUCCCUAGAGCACAGGCACCGAAGCGACUACCACUGAAUUAUGCUUCAGGUUCAACAUUCCGUACCAUGGUAGACAAGUACCUAAGGCAAGGUCUGCAUAAAGGAGUACCCCCUCUUUUUGUAGACCUUAGGUCACUUUAUAAAGAUCCAGAAAAGGUUGAGACCAUCCAUAAACUCGUCCUUCAAUAUGUGGAUGCUUUAAAGGCUUAUGGCCGAUUCAGUGCACAAGAUGUUGCAGAAAAUCUUCCUAAGGAGCCUGCUUCAGCCCUUUUAUGGGCAUACUAUUACUUAGCCCAGCAUUAUGACUUUUUAGGGAACACAGAAAGGGCACUUUAUUACAUUGAUGCUGCCAUUGACCAUACACCUACUCUUAUAGAACUUUUUGUAACAAAAGGUCGGAUUUACAAGCAUGGUGGAGAUGUAAUAGAGGCAUACAAGUGGCUGGAUGAAGCACAAGGGUUGGAUACAGCAGAUCGAUAUAUAAACUCCAAAUGCGCCAAGUACAUGUUGAGAGCAAACCUAAUCAAAGAAGCAGAGGAAACAUGCUCAAAAUUCACAAGGCUGGUAGAUGCCAGGGACACUGGUUGUGAAGGGCCCGACAGUGCCAGCCCAGCCAGCGGUGGAAGUGUAAGUGGCAUUGAAGAAUCACGGGAAGGACCAGCAGCAUCUGUUGUGGUGUCAGAUGCCUGA